CUUUAAGUUUAGCUAGUCUGCAAAUAACUACAGAACACAAUAGAGUUCUCCGAGUCCUCCUCUCUCUCUCUCUCUCUCUCUCUCUCUCUCUCUCUCUCUCUCUCUCUCUCUCUCUCUCUCUCGCUCUCUCUCUCUCUCGCUCUCUCUCUCUCGCUCUCUCUUUUUCUUUUCCUGUUUCCAAAUGCCUUCUUCGAGGCUGAAGCUGGGCAGGUCUCCAAAGGUGCAGCAGCCACAACAAUCCCGCAGUUCAAAGUUAAGCAGCAGUUGCACAACUUCCAGCAACUUUCUCAGCAGGCUACUAAUGAGCUGAAAGCCAGGAACAUCCGAGAAGAGAAAGCUUCCAGCCCUCCUCCCUUCACCCUGGAAAUUCAGACAUCCCCACCCCGACUCCCAGAUCUCUUUAAGAUAAUUUCUUUAUUCACUUGCCCGACAGACCAUGGCUCCCUUUGGAAGAAACUUGCUAAAGACUCGGCAUAAAAACAGAUCUCCAACUAAAGACAUGGACUCAGAAGAGAAGGGAAUUGUGGUUUGGGUCUGCCAAGAAGAGAAGAUUGUCUGUGGGCUGACUAAACGCACCACAUCUGCUGAUGUCAUCCAGGCUUUGCUUGAGGAACACGAAGCUACUUUUGGAGAGAAACGAUUUCUUCUGGGGAAGCCCAGUGAUUACUGCAUCAUAGAGAAGUGGAGGGGCUCAGAACGGGUUCUUCCUCCACUAACUAGAAUCCUGAAGCUUUGGAAAGCAUGGGGAGAGGAGCAGUCCAAUAUGCAAUUCGUUUUGGUUAAAGCAGAUGCUUUUCUUCCAGUUCCUUUGUGGCGGACAGCUGAAGCCAAAUUAGUUCAAAACACAGAAAAACUCUGGGAGCUCACCCCAGCAAACUACAUGAAGACAUUGCCACCAGAUAAACAAAAAAGAAUCGUCAGAAAAACUUUCCGGAAACUGGCUAAAAUUAAGCAUGACACAGUUUCUCAUGAUAGAGAUAAUAUGGAGACAUUAGUUCAUCUGAUCAUCUCCCAGGACCAUACUAUUCAUCAGCAAGUCAAGAGAAUGAAAGAGCUGGAUCUGGAAAUUGAAAAGUGUGAAGCUAAGUUCCAUCUUGAUCGGGUAGAAAAUGAUGGAGAAAACUACGUUCAGGAUGCAUAUUUAAUGUCCGGUUUCAGUGAAACUGAGCAAAAUACAGACUUGCAAUAUGAGGAAAACCAGACUCUGGGGGACCUAAAUGAAAGUGAUGGAAUUGGACAGCUGGAAGAACAACUAAAAUAUUACCGAACACUCAUUGAUAAGCUCUCUGCUGAAAUAGAAAAAGAGGUAAAAAGUGUUUGCAUUGAUAUAAAUGAAGAUGCAGAAGGGGCAGCUGCAAGUGAACUGGAAAGCUCUAAUUUGGAAAGUAUCAAGUGUGAUUUGGAGAAAAGCAUGGAAGCUGGUUUGAAAAUUCACUCUCAUUUGAGUGGCAUCCAGAAAGAGAUUAAAUAUAGUGACUCAUUGCUUCAGAUGAAAGCAAAAGAAUAUGAACUCCUGGCCAAGGAGUUCAAUUCACUUCACAUUAGCAACAAAGAUGGGUGCCAGUUAAAAGAAAACAGAGCAAAGGAAUCUGAGGUUCCCAGCAGCAAUGGGGAGAUUCCUCCCUUUACUCAAAGGGUAUUUAGCAAUUACACAAAUGACACAGACUCGGACACUGGUAUCAGUUCUAACCACAGUCAGGACUCUGAAACAACUGUAGGAGAUGUGGUGUUGUUGUCAACGUAGUUCGAAUGGGUUCUUUCUGACCUGAUUUCAUGUUUUAACGUUUGUUUAAUUUAAUAGGAAACCUUAUUUUAAACACAACUUUCUGAAAAUAAAAGUAAAUCAUAUUAUAGUAUUCAAUAGUUAAUAAAAAGUAGAGAAAUGUGUUGUUUUUGAUGUGAGAUUUCCAAGGGGACUUUAAUUAUUACAAGUUUAAGCAAUGAACUAUUUAUUAUGACUGCAUCACAAAUAGCUUGUAAGUAUAGAACACAGAAAUAAUUUGAGGGAAUCACAUGAUAAUCUUCCAGAGUGUCUAUGGAAAAUGAUUUACAUAAACUUAAAAAGCAAUCUUCAAUAUUAGACAGUCCAAAUAUUCACACAUAAAGAAAUAGAAUUAAAAUGUGCUGUAAUAUAUAUUUUUCAACACCGUAUCAUAGGAAUUUUUAAAUCUGUAAAGUAUGUAGGAGCUACUCUGUUGUAACUGUAUUAAUUCAAAUUCUGGUUCUUUUAAUUGAUCCUUUGAUAAUACAACAUAUCAUGUAUAUCACUUCCUGAGCCCUUCUACCUGUUGAGACCUAUGAAACAGGCUGCUGUUGGGACAUGUAUAAAUAUUGGCAGGCAAUCAGACAUAUAUAGGGUACAGAUGAGGCACAGCCAAGUGCGGUGUACAAACAGCAAUUUUUAUAAAGAACCCUAAAAUUAUUAAGAGCUAUGCAUGGGUUUUUGCUAUCUGGCAAUACAGAUCUCCUGACCAAACCCAUGUUCUGUGCAGGUUUAUUCAUUAAGUGAGCGUUACAGAGAAAAUCAGAGUCAUAGUAUUGUUUUGUGUUCUGUCUACAAAAGUUGCAGUAAUAGAAUUUGGAAUCCUCUGUGAAUAAAUAGAAUUCUACCUACUAUAAUUAUUAGCAUUUUGUCUCUGAACCUACAGAGGGGAAAUCACAUAGACAAAAGACUUAUUUUACUAAAAAAAAAAAAAAAAAAAACUUAGUUCUUACUAAGCAAAAUCCCAAACACACUAGUAAGAAUCCAAGAAAUAAAAGUGAUUAUUUAGGUCUUAUCUUGACUGACAGUCAUUACUAUGGUGGACUAUGGUUUUGCUUGGUUUUUAAUUGGCAAUGUGCUUUCUUCUUUCUUCCUUCUUUUCCAACUUUCUUCUUAUCUGCCUUCCCACCUGCCUUUCUUCCUGUCUUUUCCUACCUUCAUUUCUCCUUCUCCUGUCUUCCCCUUAUCCUUUUCUUUCUUCCUGCCAAAACACAUGAUGCAAUUAUAAUAAAAUAAUUAAUUUUUAUUGUACUGUUAACUGAAUACUGCUGCAGUUUAUUUUUUAUUUAGCUUACACCUUUCCUGUAUGUCAGUGCAUAUGUAAGUAGAAAUAUUAUUUUACUUAAUUUUAAUAUAUGGACAUUAGUUGAGAGUCCCAAUCUUUCUCAUUUCUUCUCUUUUAUUCUUAUGCAUACUUUAGUGCAGGUUUUAACUCAGCUUCCUUAUUGUAUUACUUUCAGAAUUUGAAAAGUACUUUUUUUAAAGCAACGUUAUUGUUAACUCUUUUUUUUUUUUUUUUUUUUUUUUGAGACAGAGUUUCGCUCUUGUUACCCAGGCUGGAGUGCAGUGGCGCUAUCUCGGCUCACCGCAACCUCCGCCUCCUGCGUUCAGGCAAUUCUCCUGCCUCAGCCUCCUGAGUAGCUGGGAUUACAGGCACACGCCACCAUGCGCAGCUAAUUUUUUGUAUUUUUAGUAGGGACUGGGUUUCACCAUUGUUGACCAGGAUGGUCUCGAUCUCUUGACCUUGUGAUCCACCCGCCUCGGCCUACCAAAGAGCUGGGAUUACAGGCUUGAGCCACCGCGCCCGGCCUUGUUAACUCAUUUUUAAAAAUCUAUUGUUCCUUAAAUAUUCUUAAUGUAUGUGUUCGUUCCUGUCCUUUAACACAUCUUUGGGAAGAUAUUUAGAAUGUUCUUACUGUUUCAGUUUCGUGAGCAUUUAUACUAUGAUUUCUUGCACCAAAAAAUAUAUUUUUAGGUCAUAUUUCAAGUUAGCUGGUAAGAAAAAUAAAAGUUUCCAUUCCAUAGAAAAAUCCAGUGUUAAGAAGCGGUGAUUCUGACUUUUUUUGUUUUUGAAGAAAAGAUGGAAUUGAAUAGCCAUCAGUGGAAAGGAAAGUUCACCUGCUUAAGAAUCUAUAAAAUUAUUCCACAGUAUAAGCUACUGACAUAUAUUUAUUUUUCACUAAUGGGGAUCAAAUUCAGAAGAUCAUCAUAAAUGGUAAACCAAUUGUAACAUUUUCCUACAGUGGAAGUAAUCUCUUUGAAUUACUCUUAUCCUUAGUGAGAAAAUAAUGAAAUAAUAUGCUCAUCUAUUGGACUAAUUAUCUAAAUUCUAAGGGAGUUUUGAUAAGGAGUAGGCCUGGAGAGAUAAUUUCAUUUUAGAAACUUUGAAUUAACUUCUGCUUUUAUACAUUUAAGCACAGUAAGGCAUUUAAGGGUUAAUUCGUCUACAUUUUAUAGUAAAUAACAUUUGCAAGUCUUAGCACUAUCAUUGCUUUGUAAACUCAUUUUAGAAUAUCCAUUUGCUCAUUAGUCAUAAAAAUGUAUUUGUGUUUUGAUCAUUACAAUAAUUAAAUUUUAAUCAUUUAUCAGCUA